UCUUGACACUCGGUCAAAUCAGGGAGGUCCUGCCUCUCCCGAACCCUAGCGCCUCCCGGCGGAAGAGGGGCAGGGUUUCUGUCUUUUGACUCCGCCUUGGUCUAUGCAGCGCCGGCCAACCCGAGCCCUCAGAAAGAAGGGGCGUGGCUUAAAUUCCCCUCCCCCAGCCUAGGGGUUACGGUUUGUUGGGGGCAGCUGGUCGCUAGGCUAAGCAACCUUCUCCUGAUCUCUGGGUCGGGCGGGUCCUCCCAGAGGUGGCACCAUGGAGCGCUCUCCUGGAGACGGCUCCAGCCCCAGCCCCGCGGAUCAGCCCUCUGCUCCCUCCGACCCCCCUGACCAGCCCCCCGCUGCUCACACAAAGCGAGACCUGAGUUCUGGGAACCAACCUGCCGGCCCAGGCGCGGCGGGUGAGGCCCUAGCGCUGCUGACUUCAUUCGGGCGGCGGCUGCUUGUGCUCGUGCCGGUGUACCUGGCUGGGGCAGUGGGACUCAGCGUGGGUUUCGUGCUCUUCGGCCUCGCCCUCUACCUGGGCUGGCGCCGGGUCCGCGACGAGAAAGAACGGAGCCUUCGGGCAGCGCGGCAGCUGCUGGACGAUGAGGAGCGGCUCACGGCGAAAACACUUUAUAUGAGCCAUCGAGAGCUACCUGCCUGGGUCAGCUUCCCAGAUGUGGAAAAGGCUGAGUGGCUAAACAAGAUUGUGGCCCAGGUCUGGCCUUUCCUGGGCCAGUACAUGGAGAAGCUUCUGACUGAAACUGUGGCCCCAGCUGUUCGAGGCUCUAACCCCCAUCUGCAAACAUUUACAUUUACACGAGUGGAACUGGGUGAAAAGCCAUUGCGCAUCCUAGGAGUCAAGGUUCACCCUGGCCAGAGCAAAGAACAGAUCCUCUUGGAUUUGAACAUCAGCUAUGUAGGUGAUGUGCAGAUUGAUGUGGAAGUGAAGAAAUAUUUCUGCAAAGCAGGCGUCAAAGGCAUGCAGCUACAUGGUGUCUUGCGGGUGAUUCUUGAGCCGCUCAUCGGGAACCUUCCUAUUGUGGGGGCUGUGUCGAUGUUCUUUAUCCGACGCCCGACCCUAGAUAUCAACUGGACAGGGAUGACCAACCUGCUGGAUAUCCCAGGACUCAGCUCCCUCUCUGACACCAUGAUCAUGGAUUCCAUUGCUGCCUUCCUUGUGUUGCCCAACCGAUUAUUGGUGCCCCUUGUGCCUGACCUUCAGGAUGUGGCGCAGUUGCGUUCCCCUCUUCCCAGGGGCAUUAUUCGGAUUCACCUGCUGGCUGCCCGAGGUCUGGGCUCCAAGGACAAAUACGUGAAGGGCCUGAUCGAGGGCAAGUCAGACCCCUAUGCACUUGUGCGAGUGGGCACCCAGACAUUCUGCAGUCGGGUCAUCAAUGAGGACCUCAACCCCCAGUGGGGAGAGACUUACGAGGUGAUGGUCCAUGAGGUCCCAGGGCAGGAGAUUGAGGUGGAGGUGUUUGAUAAGGAUCCAGACAAAGAUGACUUUCUGGGCAGGAUGAAGCUGGAUGUAGGGAAGGUAUUGCAGGCUGGAGUGCUGGAUAAUUGGUUUCCUCUACAAGGUGGGCAAGGCCAAGUUCACUUAAGGCUAGAAUGGCUGUCACUUUUGCCAUCUGCAGAAAAACUGGAGCAGGUUCUGCAGUGGAAUCGAGGAGUCUCCUCCCGACCAGAGCCCCCAUCAGCUGCCAUCUUAGUUGUCUAUCUGGACCGGGCCCAGGAUCUUCCUCUAAAGAAGGGGAACAAGGAACCCAAUCCCAUGGUACAACUUUCAAUUCAGGAUAUGACCCAGGAGAGCAAGGCUGUCUACAGCAACAACUGUCCGGUGUGGGAAGAGGCCUUCCGGUUUUUCCUGCAAGACCCUCGAAGCCAGGAGCUUGAUGUGCAGGUGAAGGAUGACUCCAGGGCCUUGACUUUAGGGGCACUGACCCUGCCUCUGGGUCGCCUGCUGACUGCCCCUGAACUCACCUUGGACCAGUGGUUCCAGCUCAGCAGCUCUGGCCCAAACUCCAGGCUCUACAUGAAAUUGGUUAUGAGGAUCUUGUACUUGGAUUCAUCAGAAGUGCACUUUCCCACCGUGCCUGGAACACCUGGUGCUUGGGACCCGGACAGUGAGAGCUCCCAGGCAGGCAGCAGUGUGGAUGCCCCACCUCGACCUUGUCAUACUACUCCUGAUAGUCACUUUGGGACUGAGAAUGUGCUUCGGAUCCAUGUAUUAGAGGCCCAGGAUCUGAUUGCCAAAGACCGUUUCUUGGGGGGAUUGGUAAAGGGCAAGUCAGACCCCUAUGUGAAACUAAAGCUGGCAGGUCGAAGCUUCCGGAGCCGUGUUGUUCGGGAAGAUCUCAAUCCCCGCUGGAAUGAGGUUUUUGAGGUGAUUGUCACAUCAAUUCCAGGCCAAGAGCUAGACAUUGAAGUUUUUGACAAGGACUUGGACAAGGAUGACUUUCUGGGCAGGAGUAAAGUGAGUCUCACUGCAGUCCUAAACACUGGCUUCCUUGAUGAGUGGCUGACUCUGGAGGACGUGCCAUCUGGCCGCCUGCACUUGCGUCUGGAGCGUCUGACCCCCCGGCCCACUGCUGCGGAGUUAGAGGAGGUGCUGCAGGUGAACAGUUUGAUCCAGACGCAGAAGAGUGCAGAACUGGCAGCGGCCCUGCUGUCCGUUUAUCUGGAGCGGGCGGAGGACCUGCCGCUCCGAAAAGGUACCAAGCCUCCCAGUCCUUACGCUACUCUCACUGUGGGAGAUACUUCUCACAAGACGAAGACUAUUUCCCAAACUUCAGCCCCUGUCUGGGAUGAGAGUGCCUCCUUUCUCAUCAGGAAACCAAACACUGAGAGCCUGGAGUUGCAGGUUCGGGGCGAGGGGACUGGUGCACUGGGCUCACUUUCCCUGCCCCUCUCGGAGCUACUUGUGACUGACCAGCUCUGCUUGGACCGUUGGUUUACACUUAACAACGGACAAGGGCAGGUGCUGCUGAGAGCACAGCUGGGGAUCCUGGUGUCCCAGCACUCAGGAGUGGAAGCGCACAGCCACAGCUACAGCCACAGCUCCUCAUCUCUGAGUGAAGAACCAGAGCUCUGGGGGGGGCUGCCUCAUAUCACUUCCUCAGCCCCAGAGCUUCGGCAGCGCUUAACACAUGGUGACAGUCCCGUUGAGGCUCCAGCAGGGCCCCUGGGCCAGGUGAAACUGACGGUCUGGUAUUACAGUGAAGAACGGAAGCUAGUCAGCAUCGUGCACAGUUGCCGGGCCCUUCGACAAAAUGGACGGGAUCCCCCGGACCCCUACGUGUCACUGUUGCUACUGCCAGACAAGAACCGGGGCACCAAGAGGAAGACCUCACAGAAGAAGAGGACCCUAAAUCCCGAAUUCAGUGAGCGGUUUGAGUGGGAACUGCCCCUGGAUGAGGCCUUGCGGCGAAAGCUGGAUGUCUCUGUGAAGUCUAAUUCCUCCUUCAUGUCAAGAGAGCGUGAGCUGCUGGGGAAGGUGCAGCUGGACCUUGCAGAGAUAGACCUUUCCCAGGGAGCAGCCCAAUGGUAUGACCUCAUGGAUGACAAGGACAAGGGCAGUUCCUAGGAGCCAAGGAUUACCAGCCUACUGUCUCCUUGCCUUGCCUCUUGCUGCAUCACCUCAAUGUGAUGAGCCUACAGCUAGGGCCCAAGGGCAGAGCCUGUGCCCCUCACCCUCUCACCUCCCAGGCCCAUGCCAGGGCCUUUGCCUGACCAAAGAGGAGGACCACAGGUUACCCUUUACUGCAUGGCCUCAGGCAGAGACCUGAGCUGGCUAUUUCCUGCUCUGCCUGCACAUUCUUCUCCUUCCCCCCCAACUCCUCAGGGCCUUCUGUACCUGUGCCUGGCCACUGGCAGCACCUGCAGUGGCAUCAGCUUAUGCCAAAUAUAGCUUUUGGAAAGACCUUUUUUUCUUUAAUUGGAUGCUCACCUUCUUCCCCACCAUGAACAGUCAGGGAGGGUAAACACAUAGGUGGGAAGGUGGACAGGCUAAACACUCAAGUCAAGAGUCUCUUGGACUAUUGCAUGUAGUAAAUGUACAGCAACCCAGGCCCACAGGGCCGGUUCUAUCCCCACUUUUCCUCAAGUCUGUCCUGCAAAUUACACCUGCUGUGAUGACUAGGGCAGUCUCUUCACUCACUUUGGGAAUGAGAACACUUAGAUCCUAUCCAAGCCUUCAAGUAGUGGAUAUCAAUCUUGGAACCUCUAGCUGGUGCUGUGCAGAGGAACUCGGAGGACUCGGGCCAGCAGAGCCAAUGUUUUGCCCAGGUGCCUAGGCUGUUAACUCACUGACGAGAACUGAAUCUCUUGGUUUUGCACCAACUCUGCCAAUCCACUGUAUCUUACAUUAAACAUUAUACUCAAACCA